AGUCGAAGGUGUUUCUUGUUUUGACUUUCAAAACUUUUUCGGUUCGGUAUUUAAACGCGAUUUUUAUUCUUUUGGGUUAGUCCUUGGCUUCGACUGCAAGUUAAUUAAAGCUUCUGCGAAACCAGAAGAAACUUUCACCGUCAAUUCUGAAGUUUGCGAAAUAAUUUCUGCACUUGUUUGUACUACAGCUUAGUAGGACUCAAAAUGAGUUACUAUCUGGGACGAAGCGACUACAGCAGCUAUCGUUCAAGUUAUGAGCCUAGAAAGUAUUCUUCUUUAAGCAAAUCAAGCUACGGCUCUGGUUCCUAUGGAAGCUCUUACUCCAGACCAAGCUACGCGGACUCCUAUUCAUGGAGAAACAGCUCCAGCCUCUCUUCGUCUUACAAGCCUAAGACCUACGACAUUGGGUCGUCAAGCUUUAGUUCUUCAUACGGGUCGAGAUAUGGAGACUCUUCAUGGCGAACCAGGGACUUGACGAACAGAGAUUCUUCAAGUAAAGAUUACUCGAGCACUACCGAGGAUAGCAAAGAUUACUUGAGCAAUGACGGCAAUUCAACUGAGGAAAGCUCGAGCAAAGAUGAUACGGCUACUGAAGAAUACUCCGCAAAAACUGGCAAGGAUGCUUUAGCUAAAGACUUCAGUGAGCAAAACCACUCAAGCAAUGGUAGUGAUAUGGCGAAGGAGGAAGCAAGAGAAUCCUUCGUUAAGGAGUUUUUUGAUAAAGAUAAUUCUGACCAGGAAUCACCUUCUAAGACCAAAGGCCCUUUAUUCAAGGACUUUUCAAGCACUGGAAGCUCUGGUAGGAACCUUUCUUCCAGAAGGAGUGAAAACACCUCACCCAAGGAGACGAAAGAUUUCUUGGGCAAGUAUGGCUCCGACAGUAAACAAAAAAAUUAUUUAAAUAAAUAUCUAAAAGAAGAUGACAAAGGAAAAAUUACGAAUGGUGAAGUGAAAGAUUUCUCUCAAACUAAUGAUGCUUCGUCUUACGAGAAAGACAAAUAUGGAAGAUACGGUUUUUUGAACUCGACCAAGAACUCAGGUCAUCGCGACCGGAACGAUUACACACUCGACGACAAGACCGCGAAGGAAGAAAGAAAAUUCACGCCAAAUAAAAAGGUCUAUAGUUUUGAAGAUGUCAUUAAGGAAGAUACAAAGGAUAAUGCCUUAUUCGCAUCGAGGGGGAGUGAUUUUGACGACGUCGACUCCUACAAGCCUAAACAAUCUGGAAGAAUCAAUGGUGAUAGUCAUGGUUCAUUGUACAAACCAAAGAAAAGUUACUUCAACCAAAAGAAUAAGAAUUCAAGAGAUUCAAGCCAGGAAAACCGAUAUUCUGCACCCCAAAAAUCAAACGAGGACGUCAGCUACUCACAUCCUAAGAUGAGAGGCCGGGCAAGCUCGGAUUCUGGUCCGAGGCCAGUCUCGCUCCAUCGACCAGAAAUCCAGAAGUUCAUCUCAGUAGUUCCUGAAGAAAACCGUUACAUCACGUCGGUGAACUACCUUCCAGACCGCAUCGAGCUUCGCCUCUGUGGGACGACUCCCAAAGAAAAGAAAAUCAAGAAAUGGCGAUCCAUUCCGGACUUGUACAACAUUACCUUGAAACCACAGCAGUCUGGCGAAGAACAAAUUUCGUGCGAGGAAGAAGCGGUGGCUUAUGCCUAUGACAGCAGCAAUGAGCUCCUUAACUACAGCAUGCCUAAACAUGAGCAUAUGAAAGAGAUGUAUGUCACUCAAUACACCCAUCACUUCGACCCUGAAGAGCCUCGAUCUCACAUCGCAGGUUGGAAAGUCGACGUUGAGCCAAACGGCAUCCCACACGAGAGGUCCAGGAUGUGUGUGCUUAAACACCCGGUAGUGUCGGGGCCAAAUAAACACCGGCGCACUCGACCUAAAUCUGCCCCUCCGAUGAUCCCACUUCGCUCGAAGAGCCCUGAGGAACCUAUUCGUUUGCAACAAGUAGAUGUUGUGGACCGGGGGUACUAUACGUCACCCAGAUCAAGUCGUGCCUCCGAAAGCGGGUUUUACAACGGUAUCGAAGAUAGUACUGAUGUUUCUUCUCUGGGUUAUGCUCCAAGCGACGAUACUUCUGAUUCAUCAGCCUUCCUUGAUCCGCGCUCUCCGAACAACAAGGAUUCCAACUUCUCCUUCAGCAAACCAAAGUUAAUCCGACUUUCCGCCGAAUUCCCAGGAAUUCGGAAUCUAGAAAAAAUGAGACGGAAACGACAAAGUAUGGGAUCCGCAACAUCCCCAAGACCUCGGUCCUCACUAGGCCAUUCUCCGUCAUCAAGGGACGGGGAGUAUGGAUUCUUCGUGGCACUCACAUCCGGGGAUUCACCUAAAUUCCAGAGUAAAUCAGGACGUUCUUAUUCACAUUACUAAAAGAGUUAUAGCAUAGUCAACUGCGCAUGCGGGAGUGAAAGGUGUCCAGUAGUGAUGGCGGACUCACGUGAAUCUGUCCUGUCACAAUGAAAAGCUGUUACCAUAGUGAAGUAUCUUGGGACCAUCUUCGUUUCAUAUAAACUAGACAGUAAUAGACAUUAGCCAGUUGAAUCAGUCAUUAAGCUUAUGCACUCUGAAAUGCACUGUAAAUAUUAGUUUUGAUUUGCACUCAAAAAAUCAUAUGGCUCGCACAAUUCGUUCAACAAACAGAUAUCAUAAUAAGUUACUUAAAUGUGUCAAAGGCAAUAGACCUUUUUAUAGCUUGAGUUUAAUGCUUUGCCCACUUUAAACCCCGUGUCAUUA